GCGCGGCCGCUUUGGGGCUGGCGGCUCCUGCCCGGCGCUGGCCAUGGGGCGAGGGGCGGCAGCUGGGGCCGUACUGGUGGCACUGGUGGUGCUGGGAGCCCCCCCUGGGGCGGGCGCGGAGCUCUCGGCGGUGUUUCAGUGGAUGGCAAAAGCCGAGUGUCACUUCAUUAACGGCACGGAGAAGGUGAGGUUCCUGGAGAGGUCCUUCUACAACCGUUUUGAAUACGCCAGGUUCGACAGCGACGUGGGGCGGUACGAGGGGUUCACCCCCUUUGGGGAGAGAAACGCCGGGCGCUGGAACAGCGACCCGGAAUUCUUGGAACAAAGAAAGGCUGCGGUGGACACGUACUGCCGGUACAACUACAGGGUGUCCACCCCGUUCCUCGUGGAGCGCAGAGUGCCCCCCAGCGUGUCCAUCUCGCUGAUGCCCUCGAGCUCCCAGCCCGGCCCCGACCGCCUGCUCUGCUCCGUGAUGGAUUUCUACCCUGCCCAGAUCCAGGUCAGGUGGUUGCAGGGCCAGCAGGAGCUCUCGGAGCACGUGGUGGCCACCGACGUGGUGGCCAACGGCGACUGGACCUACCAGCUGCUGGUGCUGCUGGAAACGCCGCCCCGGCGCGGGCUCAGCUACACGUGCCAGGUGGAGCACGUCAGCCUGGAGCAGCCGCUGAGACAGCGCUGGGGUACGGGGGAGGCACUGGGGGGCUGCCAGAGGCACUGGGAUGUGCUGGGAGCGACUGGGAGGGGUGUCUUAACAAAUAAAUUCCUAAGCAUCAGCGUAGAAGAUUUCUAA